UAUUAAAUAAAUUAGAUGAUAAUACAGCGUUUACGAUAAUGGAUGAAUUAGUUUAUAAAUUAACUGUUAAUAAUAUUAUAGAAGUAGCAGCUAUAGCAACUAAGUGUGUAUUAAAAGUAUGUGAUUAUCAUAAAGGUAUGGUUGGUGCUUUAUCUACAAGAUACAAAGGUUUACGACCGCUGUUGGGUAAAUGGUCUGGACAAGGUUUUGAUAGAGAUCUCAAGCACCUAUUAACUAUACUAGAGACUGGAUCUCUACACAGGGCAGAAAAUGAAAAAUUUUUUGAUGCAGCUAUGGUGAUUCAAAUGAUGUGGAGAGGUUUCUCAACGCGGAAAAAAUUAAAGAAAGCCAACACAGCUUUUGCCAAGUUCCAGAAAAAUUACAGAUUAAAGAAGAAACAUGUUACAAUGAAGAAAGAAGAAGAGAAAUUAGCCAAAGAAUUUGAGAGACAGUUUAAAGAGAACAGGUUAAAGAUAAUGAGAGAAUUUCAUCAAAAACAGUUACAUACCAUAGAAAUAUUACCAGCAGCUAAAGUAGAACAAUAUUUAGCUAAAGAGAAAUCAGUGGCAGCUGUGAAAAUACAGACAUUAUGGCGCGGUAAAAAAGAGAGAGAUUUAUUACCAUGGAGACAACAGGUUCGAUUGCAAGUUAGAGCAGCCAUUAGAAUACAGAGAUAUGUAAGAAAAUGGCUGGAUCGUCGAGCUGAUAAAAGUAAAGAUAUAUCGGUAUCGUUAAAACCACCUGGUUUAACAGAUGCAAGACGAAUAGAGUUACAAACGCAAAUACAAGAAUGGAGAGAUCUACAUCCGACUCAUAUUAAAGAUAGAGAAGGAUUACAAGAAAUACAUAACAGAGCAGCUCAACUAUUAGCUAAACAUUAUCUAAAUAUUAAAACUAACCGUCAAAAACAACAUCAUUUAGAGAGUUUAAUGGCCAGAUUAGAUACAGAUUCAGAUCUUGUACAAUUGGCACCUAAGUUAAAAGAUGUAACAGAUAAAGAUGUAGAGAUGUAUACAAGUCGAUCUGUUCCCGUGGCAACUAAAGCUAGAUUAAAUCACGUAGAAACAUUACGUAGAUUACAGAAACCUUGGUGGAAGAGAUUAGGGGAGGAGGAUGAGGAUCAAUUCCGUGAAGAAUAUCAGGAAAUGGACGAAUAUUUAUUUUAGAUUAUAAACAUUCUGUUUGAAUUAUUAAUAAUUCAGGGAGGCUUUGCUUCAUGGCUGACAUUCGUUUAGACUGAAGCGGAGUUCUUGUUUCAGUCGUAUGGAUGAAUAUUUAUUCUAUAACUAGAUGCAAAUACAAGCAAAUAUCAUUGAAUACAGCCAUUGAAUGACCUAUGGUUGUAUUCAAUGGCUUGGACACAUACUACUUUUGGGGACUACUACUUUUGUGCAGAAUGACGUCACUUUCAGAAUUACGUCAAACUAUAAGACGUCAACACUAGCAACCACAAUUUUUGUAAGAAAGAAAGAAAAACAGACGUAACCUAUGAUGAAUUUUAACGUUAUUAGUGAUGAUUUUCUUUUUCUGAUGAUCUGGAUAGUACAGUGUAUUUUGAAAUUUGCAUGUAGUUAUAGAAUAAAAACAGAAAUCAAUGACCAUUGAAUUCCGCUCAGGUUAUUCAAUGGUUCAAGACAUUGGAUUCACCGUGAUAUUCAAUGGUCUUUGAGUUUAAUUGAUUUAUUUUUGAUUAGAAAAAUUGUUAGAAUGUUAUUGUUAAAAAUACAGUAAGGUUAAACUUCAAGGCUAAUGUUCGGAUUCACUGAAGUUUUGUGAUAGAAAGCAAGGACAUCUAUGAUUUCUAUACGUCCAUAUUGAAAUGUACAUAGUUGUAUAUUUUCAUUGACCCUCUGCCUGUCCUUCAUUUGUCGUUCCAUCCAUUGGUCCUCUGUCUACAAUUCCUUGUGAAUGCUCUACAGACUGCAUUUCAGAAUCCGAUCCUUUAAAAAUUUGCGUCUUGAUUUAUGGCCCUUGUUACUUUGUAGCAGUCAGAGUUAUCAUCUGAUCUGUUUGAUAUUUAAUGAAAUGAUGAAAUCUUUUGUUUUUGUGAAUAGUUGGAUGAAGGGGCAGAGUAUUUUUAAAUGAAUCAUUAGCUUGUAUUGUCCGUAUAAAAUUCUCCUGAUAGCAAAAUAUUGAUUGGUUCUUAUUGUAGUUUAAAUUAUAGCAUAAUUCAACUGUUUACAAUUUCUCAUCAAAGCCUUAUAAGUAUUUCCCAUGAUUUAAAAACCAUUCCAUCCAAUUACAUUUAUAUCAUAUCAAGUCUGUGAGGAAGUUAAAAUCCCUUUCUAACUACAAUAUCUCUUAAAGCCCCUAAUUAUCAUUUGAGGGAGUUUUAAUGACCCACGGAGACUUGAACUUAUAAUUGAACCUAAAUGUAAAAUGUCCGUCCUAUUGAAGAGUUCUUGUUAGUAAAUAUUUAUUUUGUUUUAUCCUCAAGUUGUAUUUAUUUCUGUUGUAUAAUUAUACUUGACAAAUCUUUGUAAUAAAUUAUUUUUUGUAU